AUGUCUCCAACAAUUUACCAGCUUGGCCAUUUGCCAAUUAAAGAACAUGUGUUCUCACCAGACCGUAAGACGCUCGCAAUCACAAAGGCUAACACUGUGGAACUCUACGAUGUUUCGUCAGCCAGACCCCAGCUUAUCACCACAUUGAAGGGACAUGACAAGACUGUCACCUCGGUGGAUAUCUCUCCAGAUGGGUCGAGAAUCUUGACCUGUUCUCAAGAUCGUAAUGCAUUGGUCUGGGAAUACAACCCCCAAGAACAAGAAUACAAGCCCACCUUGGUUCUUUUGAGAAUUAACAGAGCUGCAACCGUUUGUAAGUGGUCACCAAAUGGUGAGAAGUUUGCAAUUGGGUCUUCUGAUAGAAUAGUGGCCAUUUGCUAUUACGAAGCUGAAAACGAUUGGUGGAUUUCCAAGCAUUUGAAAAAGCCAUUGAAGUCCACCAUCACCAGCUUAUCGUGGCACCCAAACAGCGUCUUGCUUAGUUGUGGAUCUACGGACGGUCAUGCAAGAGUUUUCUCUGCCUACAUUAAGGGAUUAGACUCUAAGCCUGAACCUACAGCUUGGGGUUCAAAAUUACCCUUCCAGACUUUAUGUGGAGAUUUUAUCAAUGAGACCGGGGCAUGGAUCCACGACGUUGCCUUCAGCCCUAGUGGUGAUGCCUUGGCUUUCGUAAACCACGACGCUUCGAUAGGUAUUGUUUACCCCAACGGACAGGAUCAGCCUCCUAGACUGAUCUUGAAUGUUAAGACAAACUACUUGCCUUUCAAGUCAAUUGUCUUCUUGACAGAAAACAAGAUAGUAGUUGGUGGUCACGAAUGUAAUUUGAUUGUAUUUGAAGGAACAGAGCAAGGGUGGAAGGAGUCUUACAAGGUUGAAAAGCAGAAGGAUUUGACACAUGACAACCCAAGAGUCGCUGAUUCUCUCAAUGAUGAUGAUGUGGAGAUCUCGUCGCACGAUGCUUUGAAUAUGUUUAGACAAUUGGACUUAAAGGGUAAGGUCAAUAAGCCCAACCCACAAGGCGGUGCAGCCAGGGCCUUGUCUACUGUGCACCAAAAUACCAUUUCCAAUAUCAGGUUAUAUGCAAGCAACCAGGUUAGUACUUCUGGGAUUGAUGGUAAGGUAGUCGUUUUUAGCGUUUAG